UGCGCGGGUUUGCCCUGGCGUAGUCAUGGCGGCCUUCCGCGAUAUUGAGGAGGUGAGCCAGGGGCUGCUGAGCCUGUUGGGCGUCAACCGCGCCGAGGCACAACAGCGGCGGCUGCUGGGUCGCCACGAACAGGUGUUGGAGCGGCUUCUGGAGACGCAAGACGGCGCCGAGCAGCGGCUGCGAGAGACCCUGGCGGUAGAGAAGGAAGUGGCCCAAAGCCUUCUUGAGUGUAAGGAGCAUGUGUGCCAGAGGGGCGUCGAGCUGGAGCAGCUGAAAGCCGAGCUCCAGAAGUCGGCCGAGGAGGACGCCCGCCUGCAGAGCAGCCUCCUUCAGCUCACCAGGGAGCUGCAGGAGCUCAGGGAGAUGGAGGCUGACCUGGAGAGACAGGAGAAAGAAGUUGACGAGGACACCACAGUCACCAUCCCUUCCGCUGUGUAUGUGGCCCAACUUUAUCACCAAAUUAGUAAAAUUGAGUGGGAUUAUGAGUGCGAGCCCGGGAUGAUCACAGGCAUCCAUCACGGCCCCAGCGUGGCGCAGCCCAUCCACCUGGACAGCACCCAGCUCUCCAAGCAGUUCGUCAGCGACUACCUGUGGAGCCUGGUGGACACCCGGUGGUAGCGGGGAGUCUCCAUGCUGCG